AUGCGCCACAUCUUUUUGUUAGUAGUUUGCAUUAGAUUUGUUUCAAGUUCCGAAAUAGGGAAAAUCAAUAAUCAACUACAGGAAAGACUGGUAUACGCAGACAAUUUGGUUGCGACAAACGUUUUAGAGUCCAAAUUCCCAUUUUUAAAAUCUACAUGUGUCAAAGAUGCGCUAAAAAGGUAUUUACCACAAUGCAUGGCAAACGGAUUUGAGUCCAUUGAUACAGAAACUAGAGUAGAAACGGCCAUAAAACUUUCCAUAUGCGAGUUUCAGGCAUCUGGCCUUGGUGAAGUGCCUGCCAAUUGCAUGGUCGGCAAUCUAGAUUCAAUGAUGGAUUGUAUGUUCGAACUGGAAUCAUCUUCACAGUGGUGGACGACCUAUAGUGGAAAUUACCAGCGGCUGUCAAGUAUCUGUUACGAAAACGUUCUUCCGUUUGAAAAGGAACAAAUCUUAAAAUUGUUUUUGAAUAUCACUGAACUAUAUGACUCAUUCGGAGAUGAUAUCAAUACUAAAUUACAUGAUUUGAUGUUUCAAAUGGAGCGAGAAUCUGAAAAUCAUUUAAACGAUUUGGCUACGAUGUUCCAUGAUUAUGACAGUGAACUGCGAAAUAUGACAGACAACAAUCGAAUAAUCCUAGAAAAUGACCUCCAUCUUUUUAGAAACAAAGUCAGUGAUAUCUUUUAUGAUACUUCAGAACAAUUAGAAGUUCAAAUUACAGAAAAAAACGACCAGCUGUUGAAUGAAGUUAGUACUAUCCAUCAUAUCAUGAGCGAUCUAGUAGAUGAGCUGAAUAAAAACGAUAUCAAACUGAAGAUUAACGAUUUGAAAGACGAAAAUAUAAAUAAUUUACAAGACCUGGUGGAAAUGUCACACGAUAUGAGACAAUACUAUUCUAGAAAUAACGAGCUGGUUAAUACUGAGUUAGAGAAUUUUUUGAUGGGUUUAAAGACGCAAUUGGGCGGCAUGUCGAGAGAUCUUUCUGAAUCACAAAUGGAAGCUAUAGACCUAUUGCAAGGAUUUAACUCCAUCCUUCAUGAUUCAUUGUUACCUUCCAUGACGAACGAAAUAGUACCCGAGAUGAUAAACUUUAAAAACAGUGUACUGCAAGAAUGGACAGUAAUAACGUCUACGCUGAACGAAGAUUUUGCCCUUUGGAAUGACGAAAUCUUCGGCACUUUCAAUGAAAUAUCGGAAAAGCUAAAUGGAACAAAAGAGAAAUUGGAUGAUAUUGAUGUCAGGAUCUCGCAUAUUCAUAAGAAUAUUAUAGCACUAAUGAAGAUCUUUGAUGUAGUAUGGAAAGCUGGGAGAACAGCUAUGAAGUACGGAUGCGCUUCGCUUAAAAACAAAUACAGCUGGUUAGUGUGCUGUGCCGUUUGGAGUUGGUCAAGAUAUUCCGUAUCAUGGACUAACAUCAAGAAGUUCCCCCCCAAGCGUUUAUACCAAUGGGGGGCCGUGCUCCUAUCGAUUUACCUAGGAGCCAGGACCGGAUCAUUAAUAAGUUUUUGA